AAGCUCUCUUCCAAGCCAAUACUUCUUCAUCUUCACAAUUCCACUUCCUUUUAUCAAAACUAGCAUGAAUCUCUCCUCUCUCUUCUUCCCUACUCUUGCUCUCUAUUGCGUCUGCUUCAAAAUCACAUCAGCUGCCUGUCACGUGGAUGAUGAAGCGGGUCUCUUGGCUUUCAAAUCGGGUAUUACCCAUGACCCAUCUGGUAUGCUUAGCUCGUGGAAGUCCGGCACCGAAUGCUGCACCUGGGCGGGUGUAACUUGCCUUGUUGACAACCGGGUCACGGCAAUAUCACUUUCCGGGCAAUCCGAAAAACCCAACAGCUUCUUAUCCGGUACAAUCUCACCAUCCCUAGUAAAAGUCCAAAAUCUUGAUGGCAUUUACUUUCAGAACUUGAGAAAUAUUACUGGCAAAUUCCCGGAUCUUAUAUUCGGGUUGCCCAAGGUCAAGUUUAUUUAUAUAGAAAACAAUAAGCUUUCGGGUCAAAUACCCAGUAACAUGGGAAAGUUAACCCAACUGGAGGCGCUGAGUUUAGAGGGAAAUCAAUUCAGUGGGUCAAUACCCACUUCAAUAUCCGAGUUAACUGGGUUGACACAACUCAAACUCGGUAAGAAUUUUCUCACUGGCACAAUCCCAGUUGGAAUUAGCAAAUUAAAGAGCUUGACCUUUCUAAGUCUUCAAUACAACCAACUUUCAGGCUCAAUUCCUGAUUUUUUCUCAUCAUUCACUAAUCUCAGAAUUCUUGAACUUUCCCACAACAAAUUUUCUGGGAAAAUCCCAACUUCAAUAUCAUCACUAGCACCAAAAUUGGCAUAUCUUGAGCUGGGUCACAACGCAUUAUCAGGACAAAUCCCAGAUUUUCUUGGAUCUUUUACAGCUCUAGACACACUAGAUCUGUCAGGAAACAAGUUCACAGGAACUGUACCAAAAAGUUUUGGGAACCUCACAAAAAUCUUCAACCUUGACGUCUCCUACAAUUCUCUUGUAGACCCAUUUCCCACCAUGAAUGUGAAAGGGAUAGAAUCCCUGGAUUUGUCUUAUAAUCAAUUCCAUCUUAAGCAAAUACCCAAUUGGGUGACUUCCUCUCCUAUUAUUUUGUCUCUGAAGCUGGCAAAAUGUGGGAUUAAGAUGAACUUAAAUGACUGGAAGCCAAAGGAGACAUAUUUCUAUGACUAUAUUGAUCUCUCUGAGAAUGAAAUUUCAGGCAGUCCCAUUUGGCUACUGAACAAGACAAGUGAUUUGGUUGGAUUUUGGGCUUCAGGGAACAAGUUGAAGUUUGAUAUGGGAAAUUUGAUGAUUGUUAAUACAUUGAAGCACUUGGAUUUGUCAAGGAAUUUGAUUUAUGGAAAGAUACCCAAUACAGUUUCUGGGUUGGAAAGUUUGAAUUUGAGUUAUAAUCAUCUAUGCGGAAAGAUUCCAGCAACAAAAUUCCCUGCCAGUGCAUUUGUAGGAAAUGACUGCUUGUGUGGUUCUCCACUAGCUCCUUGCAAGGCGCAGGAGGCCAAUAAAAUUGACCAACGAAAGGUUACUCUCGACUCUGUUGGAAAAGUUAACUAGGAAGGAAAUGGCUGGCACUACAUCAGAUUGCAAAAAAAUUGACGUACUCUAAUUGAUAUUAAGAUGUACUAAUUUGUUGUAUUUUCUAU